AUGCAAAAUGUUGAGCGCGUUCGCGGCGCCACUUUUGUCAUCAACUGUACAGUCUACGGUGACAACGAAGGCCUCGUGGCCAAGUGGUCGUACCGGGCCCGCGAGUCAGAUGCCUGGUUCAAGAUUGAUGGACCUUGUUUCACCUCUUCCUCUUCCAGCGGGCUGGACGGUUCUGCAGCAGCAGGUAACAGUGGCAGCAUGACCAAUGCCGAAUUCCAAGAGCAUGGCUCAGGAUACGACGAUGAACCCAGUCCGGCCGUCACCGCUGCAAAUGGAGCGAGUCGUGGUCACGCGGAGGACCUUGACUAUGAUGAUGACCGUCCGCGAUUGCACAGUGACUGCGAGGACUUUGUGCGUGAAGGCAAUCCGCACCCAACUACUCCCUCGAUAAGAAAGGUUAGGCUGACCUCUUCAUCUCAGGCAGCUUCCUUUAACCUGCUGGGGCUACCAUAA